AUGGCGACCGCAGCCUCCAACCACUACAGCCUGCUCGCCUCCGGCUCCCCCAUGGUGCACGCCGAGCCGCCCGGCGGCAUGCAGCCCGGCGGCGGCUACCGCGACGCCGGCGCCCUGGUGCAGGCGGACUACGCGCUGCAGAGCAACGGGCACCCGCUGAGCCACGCUCACCAGUGGAUCGCGGCGCUGUCCCACGGCGGCCCCGGCGGCGGCGGCGGCGGCGGCGGCGGCGGGGGCGGCGGCGGCGGCGGCGAGGCGCCCUGGUCGGCGGGCGGGCUGGGCCAGCCCGACAUCAAGCCGGCGGUGGUGCAGGCGGGCGGGCGCGGCGACGAGCUGCCGCCGCCGCCGCCGCCGCAGCACCCGCCGCCGGGGCGGGCGCCGCACCUGGUGCACCACGGCGGCGGCGGCGGGCACCACGCGGCGGCGGCGGCGGCGGCGGCGGCGGCGGCGUGGCGGGCGGGCGGCGCGGCGCACCUGCCGCCCGGCAUGGCCGCGGCCAACGGCGCGCAGGCGGGGCUGCUCUACUCCCAGCCGCCCGGCUUCACCGUCAACGGCAUGCUGGGCGCCGCGCAGCCGGCGCUGCACCACCACGGCCUGCGCGACGCCCACGAGGAGCCGCCGCCGGGGCCGCCCGGGCCGCCGCACCACGGCCCCGAGCACCCGCCGCCGCCCCACGGCCCCCACCCCGGGGCGGCCGGGCCGGCGCCCGCCGCCGCCGCCGCGCCCCCCGGGCCGCCGCCGCACCACGACCCGCACUCGGACGAGGACACGCCGACCUCGGACGACCUGGAGCAGUUCGCCAAGCAGUUCAAGCAGCGGCGCAUCAAACUGGGAUUUACCCAAGCGGACGUGGGGCUGGCGCUGGGCACCCUCUACGGCAACGUCUUCUCGCAGACCACCAUCUGCCGCUUCGAGGCCCUGCAGCUCAGCUUCAAGAACAUGUGCAAGCUGAAGCCUUUGUUGAACAAGUGGUUGGAGGAGGCGGACUCCUCCUCGGGCAGCCCCACCAGCAUAGACAAGAUCGCGGCGCAGGGCCGCAAGCGGAAAAAGCGCACCUCCAUCGAGGUGAGCGUCAAGGGCGCGCUGGAGAGCCACUUCCUCAAGUGCCCCAAGCCCUCCGCCCAGGAGAUCACCUCGCUCGCGGACAGCCUACAGCUGGAGAAGGAGGUGGUGAGAGUGUGGUUUUGUAACAGGAGACAGAAAGAGAAGCGCAUGACUCCCCCGGGAGGGACGCUGCCGGGCGCCGAGGACGUGUACGGGGCCAGCAGGGACACGCCGCCGCACCACGGGGUGCAGACCCCCGUGCAGUGA